AUGUCAUGGGUAGCUUGGGAUACUAUGACAAGAGCUAAGAAAGAUGGAGGCUUAGGUUUUAGAGAUAUACAGUGCUUCAAUGACGCCCUCUUGGCCAAACUCAGCUGGCGCAUACUGGAAUCACCCUCUUGUCUACUAGCUCGGGUUCUCAAAGGGAAGUACUUCCAUGAUCAAGAGUUCCUCCAAGUUACACCUCCUGCGAGCUGUUCACAUGGCUGGCGUGGAAUCCUUAUAGGAAGAGAUCUCCUAAAACAGCAUGUAGGAUGGGCCAUUGGAAACGGAGAUAAGGUACUCGCUUGGCAGGAUGAUUGGCUAUCUCUCUCAGAAGUAGAAUGUCCUAUGGGACCUAUACCAGAGGGUGAAUGCAACCUUAAAGUCGCGGAUUUGAUCUCUAUGGAAUCUAAGGAAUGGGAUAAACAAAGGAUUGAAAGAUCAUUCCCACUUCUCCUUGAGUUCACACCAUCGCCUCAGAACAACUUCGAUGUUGAAUGGAAAAAACUGCUACAAGCAGUAACACUUCCCCCCGUGGGCAUGGGUAUUUGUCCUCUAGCACCUUGGAUCCUCUGGUCAAUCUGGUCAGCACGAAACCAAAAAAUCUUUCAAAAAAGAUCCUUCUCUGGACAAGAGACAGUAACAAAAGCUAUUGUGGAUGCGAAAGAAUGGCUGGAGGCCCAGACAGUAGCACUAACCUCUCAGCAUAAGAAACAUCCACAAGUAAGAGAUGGGUUUGAAGUGAUAUGCAGAUCAGAUGCAGCGUGGAAACAGGAGCAUAAAGCGGCUGGAUUAGCUUGGAGUUUCUACCAAAAUCAGAAUGAGAGAAUCAGCUCUCACAAUCAAUCUACAACGUUUGUGAUUUCGUCCCUCGUGGCUGAAGGACUAGCAAUUCGCGCAGCAAUGGAACAUGCAAUCUCCCUACAGAUGCGAUCUGUCCUUUUUGAAUCCGAUUCCCUUCAGCUGGUGACGGUGAUUGCAGAGGGAUCGAGCUUCUCCAACCUUCAUGGCAUAAUAUCGGACAUAUAUCGUCUCUCUGAUUGUUUUGAUUCAGUUUCUUCUAGAUUUUGUUGUAGGGAGUGUUUAAUCUUCGAAGACUCUGUAGCGAAGAAAGCUCUUGUUGACUUUUGCCUAAACCAAGAGGCUACUGGCUUUGGUUUAAGCUAA